UGGUUCCGUCAUUGAUAGGCGGUUGAACAGAUGAUGAUAACGUAAUAGUAUCAUAUGCUGUGUUUUGAAAAUGACCUUUGUAGGCUGCCGCUGUUUUUGGAGGGAAUCGACCUGUCUCACGUUUCAAUUCGAAGUCUCGUCCUAGGAUCGCAGAUCUCUUGGAAUCAAUCCGUGUUCACACCUGUUGAGCAACAGCUCCAGCUCCAUAGGAGGAUCAUCAUCAUACCAUAACGACAACCUUGCUUGACCGGCGUGAAUCUCCCAACCGCAAAUCCGCUCACGCAACUUUUUUUCCACGCUAGAUCUUUCCCCCUCGCCCCCGAGUGAACGCGGUGUACAACUGCCUUUGUUAUAUCGUGUUGGAACAGUCUCUCAAUGAUCUAGAGACACACAACUCUCAGGCGACUGUAGUUACUCACAUCUGUGCACCUCAGAGUCCUUGCAUGGACCUCUGAAAGCCUGCACUCUCUCACCAUGAGCUUGCGACUCCCCUUUCCUUCACCAUUCGGUCUCCCUCUACCUCGACGUUUCAUCGUCCUAGGAUUAUCAGCAGUUACGGUCAUCCUCUUCCUACAUCUAUUCGCUCCAUCUACACUCCCUUCCGCUCUCGCUCCCAAUCUACACCAUCACGAACCCGAUGCAUCUUACUUUUCGCCAUCGAAAUGGUUACCACCGAUCUGGAAACAAACUCCACCAUCGAGUCUUCCAGAAUUCGACGAAGAUGGUGUCUGUCUCUUCCUUUCACCUUUUGACGCCUUAUCAGCCGAGGAGAAAGAAAGAGCUCAACUCAUCAAGCUCGAAGAGGUCUCCAGCGGGGUCGUGCGAGCCGCACCAUAUUCAGGAGACUCCGAGGACUUGCUUGACGACGACGAUUACCCGAUGGGUCCAAAUGGGACCAUCGUGCCAACGGGCAUGUCGCAUCCUAUCCUUGCUCUGUUGAGAGAUGGAGAGACAAAAUGGAAGGCUAGAAUGGCGAGACAGAGUAAAUCGCUGGACGAAGCAGUCACAGUCUACAAGGACAAGUGGGGAAGAAAUCCACCUAAAGGUUUCGACUUAUGGUGGAACUUUGCCGUGGCGAACCAGGUGCUUCUGCCAGACGAGUACGACGCUAUCAUGAACUCUCUCAUGCCAUUCUUCGCCCUGCCCAUCGAGACGCUUCGAGAGCGUCUCCUCGAAGCAGAGACCAUUGCAGAGACAUUCACCCUUAUCGUACAGAACGGCAAAGUCGAGCUGCAGUGGAACGACGACUACUCAAGAGAUACGUGGUGGGCAAGUCGACCCAGAGCAGAUUCUCAAAUCAACUUGAUGGAGCCGUUCUUGCACCAUCUCGAAAACUUCCGGGCCACAUUCACCAUCCACGAUCAACCAUCCAUUCUACUGGACCAUGCUAGGCGGAAGGAAUUGCUGGAUGCUGCAUACGACCAUAAGAUCUCUACUCAUGCCAACGAGAACGACCGAUUCGUGCAAGACUGGAAGAGCGCAUGUGCACCGGAUAGUCCACUCGUCAGGGGCGAGAAGGAGCUACCACAACCCGAUACCUUUAUCAACGCUCACACCUCAGCGAUGGACAUUUGCCAGCAUCCGAGCUACAUGGCAAACCACGGCAUGUUGAUCGAGGUGCACGACCCAGAAUCUCACCCUAAACCUCACACCAAACUCUACCCCAUCCUUGUGCCUUCCAAGACUGUCCUCAACGGGGAUAUUCCAGUCACUCCGAUCGGCCGAGAUGGGCGACGGGAUGAUGUCGGGUACGACCCAGAAUGGAACAAGAAGUCUGGCAAACUGUACUGGCGAGGGCUAGCCACUGGUCUCCAACACAACAAGAAAGAAGGCAAGGACUGGCGAAACUCUCACCGAGAACGUCUGCACUUCUUGGCCAAUGACAAAAGUGGCGCAUUCCAAGAAUUCUUAUCUCCUAUCGGCAUGACGGGCGAAGCUGAGCUCACGAGGCAGAAGCGGAAAGAUCUCGGCCAAUACUACAUGGACGCCAAGCUUGCAGGUGGACAUUGGCAGUGUGAUUGGGGUGAUGGCACAUGCCAGGAGAUGGAGGAUGAGAUCGAGUUCGCACAGAAGGAUGAUCAGGAGAAGAGCAAUCAGUUCAAAUACGUUUUUGACACCGACGGAAAUGCUUGGAGCUCACGAUUCCCGAGAUUAAUGGCUAGUCACAACGUGGUCAUCAAGUCUACAGUAUUCCCAGAAUGGAACACUCAAUCGCUGCCAGAAUGGUAUGCCUACGUUCCCUCCAAAAUGGAUUACUCGGACCUUUUCAGUAUCAUGGCAUUCUUCCGAGGAACCAUGAAAGGUAAAGGAUCCCACGACGAGGUAGCCAGGCGUAUCGCAUUGAACGGGCAGUGCUGGGUCGAGAGGACAUGGAGGACAGCAGAUCUCCAAGCCUACAUGUUCAGGUUAUACCUAGAAUAUGCGCGAUUGAUCAGCCCAGAUCGCGACAAUGGCAAAAUGGACUAUGUACACACGCAGAAACAUGUUGAAGAGCCAAUAACAGGUCCUACCGAGGUUCUACCGGAGCCUGUCCCCGCAGACGUUUAGGGCAAGGGAUGAGAUUAUAAACGCUGUUCACGAAAAGGGCAUUUAGCACGUUUGGCAUAUCACAUCAGGUUCUCCUCGAUUUCACCUAUUAGACUCAGGGGGAAUACACAGGUGCUCGCGGGUGAUACUCUGUAUAGCUUUCCUCUCGUUUGAAUGACUCGACCUGAAUUAUCCAUACAUGUUCUUGUACAUCAUGUGCAUCUGUCGUAGACCAUCA